AUGUCAAGUGUCAAAUUGUUCCAUCAUCCCACUCCCGUGUCCAUUUCACUCAAACAAGCUGGCAAUGCUUCCAUUCCACUCACUGACUACAUUGCGCAAAAGUGUCCUUCUCUUGUUGGUCCAAAAGCUUAUUACUCCCCAACGCCUUAUCUUUUCAAUGGUCAUCUUCAAACUGGGUAUGCUGCCUAUUACAAUGGAGCUGGUACAAAGAACGAUGUAUGCUACGAAAGAGAGAUGCUAUCCAUGCCCGACGGAGGUCAAGUGUCAAUUGAUUGGGCACCAACCCUUGCUGAAAAGCCUUUGGAUAAUACACCUACCUUGGUCCUUCUUCAUGGGUUAACGGGUGGAAGUCAUGAGUCAUACAUCCGAGGAUUACUUGAAGUGAUCACCCGACCACCAUUCAACUACCGCGGCGUCGUCUUUAAUGCGCGUGGAUGUGCCAACACAGAACUCACUACACCACAACUCUUUAAUGGUGCAUACACCGAUGACUUACGACAUGUCUUGAAACAUAUCCAAAACGUGCUUCCUGAAGGGACCCCUCUGAUGGGAAUUGGCUACUCUUUGGGUUCCAAUAUUUUGGUCAAGUAUCUUGGUGAAGAAGGCGAUAAAACCCCAUUCAAAGCAGCAGUAUCGGUUGCCAAUCCAUUUGAUUUCUUAAACUCAUCUUUGGCUUUGGAUCGUCAUUAUUUGACACGCACCAUUUAUUCCGGUACAAUGGCUGGUAAUUUGAAGCGGGCCUUUAGCAGACAUGUCGAUAUGUUGUCAAAACAUCCCAAUUUGGAUGUAGAGGAAAUCAUGCGUUCAAGGACCAUUCGUGAAUUUGAUGAUGCUUGCACCCGUCGCGUGUUCAAUUAUACCACUGUCAACAACUAUUACCGCGAUGCCAGCUCAUCACGCUUUAUUGAACAUGUACGCAUCCCCUUGCUCUGCUUCAAUGCCCUUGACGAUCCUAUUGCCGUGGCAGAAGGCAUUCCGUAUGAUGAGAUCAAAAUCAACCCCAAUGUCAUCCUUGCCACUACCGAGUACGGUGGUCAUAUUGGCUGGUUUGAGCACGUGUGGCAGCCGACUCGCUGGAUUGUCAAGCCUCUCGCUGAAUUCAUUGUCGCCAUGUUUGAAGCCCAUGACAUUCGUCCUCCGAAUCAAGAAGGUCGCCCAACGAAACUCGAUCCUGAAGCAAUAGAUCGUAGCGUUGAUGCUAUACAAGCCCAAGAAUAG